CCUUGACUCAACGCUUCUCCUCCUCCAUAAGAAAAGAGGAGAAGACGAAACCAAGGAAACAGAGGAAAGCAAAAAAAAAAAAAUGCACGGUCGGCCUCGCAAAGCACCCAAACCAGAAGACGAAGCAGCUUCUGCUGCCAAAGCCCAGAAGCUACGCGCUCUCCAAACUCAAUUCUUCUCCUAUCACCACAAUAAAAUUUACACUAAAGAGGCAGUUGAACUCAGUGCUAAACUUCUUGAGAUCAAUCCUGAAUCUUACACCGCCUGGAACUAUAGGAAACUCGCUGUUGAGCACUAUCUGAGUCAACCCAAGUCUAAUUCUAACUCAGCCAAGUCCAUUCUCGAUGACGAACUCAGAGUGGUAGAGAGUGCAUUGAGGCAAAAUUUUAAGUCAUAUGGAGCGUGGCAUCAUCGUAAAUGGGUUUUAAGCAAGGGCCUUUCGUCGAUUGAUCAUGAGCUAAUAUUGCUGGACAAGUUCCAGAAGGCUGAUUCUCGUAAUUUUCAUGCAUGGAAUUAUAGGAGAUUUGUUGCAGAAUUGAUGAACAGAUCAAAACAGGAUGAAUUGAAGUAUACUGAGGAUAUGAUUUAUACGAACUUUAGCAACUACUCAGCAUGGCAUAAUCGCAGUGUAUUAUUGUCCACUUUACUUGAGAAAAAGGCUGAAGGGUUUCUCUCCAAAGAGAGUGUCUUACCAGAGGAGUUUGAGUUUAUACACCAAGCUAUAUUUACUGACCCUGAUGAUCAAAGUGGAUGGUUUUAUCAUCUUUGGCUUCUAGACCAAACAGUUAAAGCUGACUCUUCUCUCCUUGUUUCUUCUUGGCCUGCUCAUGGUUCUGAUGUCCUUGUACUGGGAGAUAGGUGCAAUAAUGGUUCUGCUUUUUCUCCAUUCACAACUUUGCAAUCCAAUUCAGGGUCAUUUCCAAUUGUUCUUUAUUUUAAUCAAUCUGUUGAGGGUGUAAGCUCAUCUACAGUUACUGUUGAAUCUGGAUUUAAUAAUAGUGAAGAUCUUGUUUGGAAACCACUUUCACUAAGCAACUCACAAACUGCACAAGUUUGGGUUGCACAUUUAAAAUUUCCAACUUCAGAGCUUCAUUCUUCAGUGAAAGUUAGUGUUGGACAUUCUAAGGGAAUAAUUUCAGCAAGUGGGUCUCAAAAUAGCUAUCCUUCAAUAUUUUCCUUUAAAGUACAUGUACAGCCUAUUGAAAGAGAUUCCUCUCAAGGUUCAGUUUCUGAAAGUAUUUUAUGGAGAGGAGAAAAUUUCAAGGUCUAUGGAACACAAUCUGAGGAAUCAAUUCCUAUUUUCUCUUUUGAUCAACUAAGUAUGAGGAAUGAUCAUGAACCAAUGGCAUCUAACUGGUGUGCAGAGGCUUUAGCUAAAGAGAUUGAAUGCUUCCGCGAAUUGUUAUCAUUAAUGGACUGUAAAAUUGGAAAGCUUACACUUGCCAGAUCGUUGAUGGUUUAUGAUGCAAUGUCAUUUUCAUGUGCUAACAAACUGGUUCAUUCAGAAGAAGUUCUUGAACUGUAUAGUGAUUUGAUGAAGUUGGAUCCAUCACAUUACUCGUACUACAAGGAUGAACGUAGCUUAGUCUUACUGCAGCAGGUGACUUCUAGUAGGGAAUCUUUAAUGAAACACUGCUUUCAGUAUAAGGACUCAGUUUCAUCAACUAUUUGCAAACCUAUCUGUCUCCGGCUGAAUCAUUUAUCGCUAUCACGAAUGGGAGCUUUUGAGAAAUUACUGUGGGUCCAAAUAUUAGAUCUCAGCCAUAAUGAACUACAAUCAAUUGAAGGAUUGGAAGCUAUGCAGCUCCUCUCUUGCUUGAGUUUGAGAAACAAUAAACUGAGAAGUUUUACUGCACUGGAUCCUUUGAGAAAGCUGAAGUUAUUAAGAGUAUUGGAUAUUUCAUACAACCAGAUUGGUGAACAUUCUAUUGACACAACAAGGUACUUGUGCUCUUCUCCUUUGUCUCAUUCAGUAGGAAGCGAAUGGAACAACGAUGAAACUGUGAUCAGUGAUGUUGCUCUUAUUAACCAUUGGGAGGCUUUUUUUAUUUUUAAAGAGUUGAACUUGAAGCAAUUAGAUAUUGUGGGGAAUGCAAUUGCUGAUGAAAAAUUUAAUUCAAUUCUGGUCAAGGUUAUGCCUACACUUAAGCAACUGGAUGGGGAACUAUUAGAUUAAGUUUUAAUUUGUAUUCUUGGUAACCUCUCUACAUAUCCACCUUAGUCCCCACCCAUACCAUAUUUUGUUGUAAUAUGAGAACUUUAUUGUAACAUGAGAAUUUGUUGAAGAUGUUAUUGUGUUAAAAGUUGUUGGUUA